AUGGAUGAUGAGGCCUCCAGCUCCUUCAAACGGUGUCCCUGGAAUAAAGAGAGGAAAGGUGUUCCAGUGAGCUCCAUCCAUCUGGAAAAGAGAAUCAUUGGAGGUGAAAAAUGUGAGGAAGAGGAGCGUCACUAUCAUGUUAAAUUUAUAGCUGUAAAUUAUGCAAGGAAAGAAGGUUAUCUCUGUGGAGGCUCCCUGAUCAGCGAUCAAUGGAUCCUGACUGCAGCUCACUGCUGGAAGUCAGGCAAGGGAUGGACUCAUAUAGCAUAUUUAGGAGUUCAUCCUAAAAGUCCUAAACCAGACAAACAUGUUGUCACUGAAUAUGAUAUCUAUACAGAAGGCAAUGAUAAACAUGACAUCAUGCUGGUGAAGCUGCCAAACCCAACAACAAUCACACCUAUACCGCUGACUGAUUGUGAAACUCCCCUCAUUGAUGAGGACUGGACUUAUCCAUCUGAACUUCAGUGUGCUGAUAUUGCGAUUGUGAAAAAUGAGGAGAUGCCAGAAAUAGCAAGAAAAAAGAGACUGAAUCAGCACUGGAAAUGUGCUGCAAACUCUACAAAGGACGCAUCUCGGGGCGACUCUGGAGGAGGAGUAGUUUACCAGAAAAAGCUCUAUGGCGUUAUUUCCUUCACUGGAGAUCCAGACUUUGCCUGCAGUGAACCAUUUGGAUUCAUGGAUGUCUGCGAGUACAAGGAAUGGAUAGAGGAGACUAUUAAACCUGGAGCUAGAGAGCCUGGUUUCUGGGAGAAGUUUCGGAAGAAAUUACGCCACAUAUUUUCGUGUUUCGACUGUCUGUAA